CUGUCAGAACAAAAAAUUGUCUAAUAGUUUGGUAAUAAAACAAUACACAUUAAUAAAGGUGAUGAAGCUUACGUGGCUUGCAUUUACCCUGAAGAACGGAUUUAUUUUUUGCUAACAUCCUCUCCAGAUUCCUUUAGAAUACUAGUAACCCUAAAUUCAAUUUUACAUUUCAAUUGAACUUUUCAUCAUACUUCGAGAUUUUUACAGCGGUUCAGUGCGGUCUUUUUGCCCUUGAGUGGCAGAGGUGACCUCAGCAUCUCACAGCACAGUCCGCGUUCCCCUGAUUGAAGUGUUCUGGUUGCCAUGACUACAGAGAACCCGCGACGGACCAAUACGCGGCGCUGCUUUCCAUCUCACUCUAUAGGCUGCGAUAUAAAAUACUCCUCUUUCCCGAGAAACAAGCGACGAUUGGAUGAUGUCUGGAUAAAGCAUCUAUUAAGGGCUAACCUCUCGCGUUCGGUGACGUGCGCAAGCGUCGCGUCGUUUUGAGCAUGCAAAACGAAUGUGAUCUUGCGUUUCCAUCUCCUCCUCCUUCAGGAGCCGAUAAGGAGAGGCGUUUCGUCAUGUGUAAAGAGACGGUUUUACCGCAAUGCUAUUUCAAUAGCUCUCCAGCUCCGCGCGAGAACCACUGACCCAAGAGGAAAGGGUGGUGCCGCGCACUGGCAUAGUCCAUGCGCGCGCACGCGUUUAUUUGGAGUCGGCUCAGCAGAGAAGAAGCGAGCGGAGCAGGUGUGCGCUUUCAGUCUGGAUUCAGACCUCCUCUCUCUCGUCUCUGACUUUGAUGGACUUACAUGCGGCGCGUUAACUGCGGUGGAUGACCCCGUGUGCGUGUUUGUUGCUCAGGGUAAAAGUGUCCUUCAGAACACAGAUCAGUGGAGAUCUUCAUCAUGAAUACAGGUAGUGAUUCCCAGUCAUCAGAUUCAGAUGCCUGGCGUUCACGCAGUGUGUCUGAGGGGUUGAGGAAUGGAGAUGCCAGCAGCUCGUCCUUGACUGCUAAAGGCUUCCGCAGCGUUAAACCCAACCUACAGGACAAGAAAUCUCCCACACCGGUCCCCUUGCCGCCCCCUCGGAGAGAGAGCUAUCACAUGACCCCUAACCCCCCAUCUUACAGUUCCCUUGCAAUGCUUUCAGACGCAUCCCUGUCUCCCCCACAGAGUAAUGAUGUCAUUUCCUCAGGCUCUUACACCAUCCAAUCUAGUGCCACCUCCUCUUACUCAUAUUCUAAGACCACCCAGACCUCCACUAGCACCUCUGGAGCCCCCCUCGAGGAGCCCCCCUUGUCCCAACAAGCUAAUGCUAACAGUUUUAUCACUCGGGUUCUGGGGAACAAAUUGUCAUCUUCAAAAUUCAUAAGGGACCAACUAAAUGCACCACCUAACAAGAUGGACAUGAUUAAAACUGACCCUAAGUCUAAAACUAAGCCUAAACGUACAUCCGCUUCCCCACCCCAAGACCCCACUGCUACUUCUGAAACACACGUAGCUUCUCUCUCCAUCCAGUUAGCUCCUCGCAGUCCAGAACCUCAAGCAGAGACCCAGUCAGGGCUUGAGACUAAAUCCAGGAGAAAUGCAGUGGACCCCGCUGACCCCACACGAGCCCCUGUUGUACCACCAAGACCAGCAAGCAGUUUGGUGCGUGAGUUUUCCCCUGUAAGAGGGAGCACCGGGCCGUUCUCUUCUGGACCGCCCUCCCCAGACCCUUCAGCUCGCCGGUCACCAUAUAGCCGAGCCAGUCAGGAUUCCCCUGACUUCCUGUCAGGGCUAAUGCCCAAAGCCCUCUCGCCGACACCCUACACCCCUCUGGAACGUUCCGGGCUAAUGUCGGCCUCACCUGCCCCGUCACCAGUAACCGUGUCAGCGCUGAGUCAUUAUUCAUCAUCCACAGCUGGGCUGGAGGAGCUGCAGAUCUGCGGCAUGGACUCCUUCCCCGCGGCCACACCCACCCCAUCCCCCACACUCAGCCACGCCUCCAACGCCCCUGACGAGCUUCCUAUCGCCCCGUCAGCUGCCACGGGCACUAACGGUCAGAUGGCAGUGAAUGGAAGCUCUCAAUCUCAGAGGCCUUUCUCUCCGCCUGUAUACCCACCUCCACCUCCGACCCUCAGCCCAGGCCUGGUAAAGAUCCAGCAGGGUCGUAGUUCAGAGGGUUCAGAGACGGUGAAGCGAGAGACUGUUGUCUCUGGUCAGACAGUGGUCGGUAGCUCUGUGCCCAUCGCUCGUUUCUCAGAAGAAGAGAAGAAGGUGUCCAUCAUUAAAGCACCCCAUUACGAAGGGAUUGGACCAGUGGAUGAGUCAGGCAUUCCCAUCGCCAUACGAACGACUGUGGACAGACCCAAGGACUGGUACAAGACCAUGUUCAAACAGAUCCACAUGGUUCAUAAAGCAGAUGAUGACUAUGCAGACACAUAUAAUGCAACAUACGCUGUCAUAAACAGUGAAAAUUACCCUCCUGUGCAUGCCCACCCGCCCCCUCAAACACACACCUACCGGCCUCUCUCUAGAAAUACCUCAGACGCGCCAGACGGUGCCGCCCACCGGGAGCUCUCGCCAUCUCCCGUGCCCCCUCCUCCCCCUCCGAUGCCCUCUCUCCUCCAGCUCCGCUCGCGAGACAUGGACAGAGAGAGAGACUUCUCGCACGACCCAAAUGAGUGGGGUCCCCCAGACAGAAAAGUUGACACGCGUAAAUACCGAGCGGAGCCACGGAGCAUCUUUGAGUAUGAGCCUGGCAAAUCCUCCAUCCUUGAGCAAGAAAGGCCUAUGUUUGAUUUAAACCCAGAUGACAUAGAUUUAGAGAAUGAGCCUUGGUUUAAAUUCUUUUCCGAGUUGGAGUUUGGACGGCCGCCUCCAAAAAAGAGGUUGGAUUAUAAUCCUGACUACUCCACACAUGCUGUGGCACAGUCAUCUCUCUAUCUCUCACCUUCUGAACGACCUGACGGGACUUCAAGUUCUGCAAGUGACUACAGGAAAAGGCGAAAGUCUGAACCAUCUGUCACUCAAGCCAACACAGGAAAUGAGCAGAAUGCCAGUCAAGUGUUUUCCCGGCCACUCGACUCCAAUAAAGCACAGACACUGAAGAAGCCCACCAUACGUUCCUCUCCCUCCUCACCAUCCAGACCCAAAGCUGGAGACGUUAGUGAGUCACUCUCCUCCUGUAUGAGCUCUCCAGGUAUGGAGCGCCCUUCCUCUCGUCUCUCCUCAGACUCCCUCACUAUCUCCACACCAACCUGGCGUGGCUCCAAGCGCUCCAUCUGCUUCAAGAACGGUUGGCAGACAAGCAGACAUGAAGCCACGGAGACAUGGAGUAGCAUUGACGAUGAAUCUGUCAUGACUCCUUCAUCACCACGGCUCAAAUCACGCAGCUGUGAUGAUUUGUUGUCUGACGGACAUGGUGCUAGUAAUGACGGGAGAGCGUCCACUUCCGUGACUACCACUCGCUCUGAAAGUGCAGGUUCAUUGAUUGAUGAAGAUGCUCCACAGAAGCCUCAAGUAAAAAGUCUUACCUCAUCUCCCAGGGGGCGCCGACAUCACCGGCGUAAAAUGCCACACGAUGCUCCAGGUUUCCUUCAGCUCUACAAGAAAAUGCAUCACAUAGACCGUGAGCAGCUAUUGCCCUCAGAGGUGAUUCGUUCUGUACGUGCACGAAUCCUUGAGCUGGAACGCCUACAGCAACAGCAGAGGCAUAACCUCCAUGGUUGGGCACCUUUCGGUAACGAGGUACCGCGACACAUGGUCCCAAACCGUAUAUCGGAAUAUGAACAGCUCAUCCAGAAAUCCAAGUCAAUGCCAGACCUUGGUGAUGAAAAUGCCCCAUCAGGCACCACCACACCAGGGUCCUCGAGGGCCAGCAGUUGUCCCAAGCGACGCUUUUCUGUAGAAUCACUUUUGGAGGAGGAGGAUCCUCCAGAAAGGACUCGAAGUCCCCCUGAGGGACAGCCAAGACCGGGACCAGACAGCAGUAGCCUGGUCCCAGUGCAUGGGAAGAACCAGAGACAGCAUCAAGACUACUCCGACAGUGAGCAGGACGCCUGUGCCUCCGAAAUGAGUGACAUCCACAUAGAAGGGUCUUCACUGUGCAGCGAAAGCGACCUGGAUCAUUGCUCACUUACCUCAUCGGAAAGCUUCUUUGGAUCUGGGCAGCAUCACCAUCAUGGACAUCACCAUCAUCAUGGACACAGAUACCACCGCCACCAACAUCUCCACCAGAGUGUGGGUCAGAGUCAAGGUUACCAACACCGUCACCUCAUCAGCUCCUGUAAGGGUCGCUGUCCAGCAUCCUAUACGAGGUUCACCACAAUGCUAAAACACGAGCGACAACAGGAAAGGGCUCGGCAGGAGUCCCACCCUGCCGCUACAUCUCCAUUAGCCCAGCAGUCACCCAGUGAGUCAGGCCUUUCCAAACUGGCUUUCCUGGUCAGCCCUGUGCCUUUCCGCCGAAAACGAGGCUCCCCACCGACCCAACGGCGACACUGCAGAAGCGGUCGGCCGAAAUCCAAAACCGCAAUUUAUGAGGCUUUAGAUGCCGCUUUGCAGGACAUUUAUGACCACAUAAGGGCGGAAAGGGGGCAGGGACCAGCAAGAAUGCCAGAUGAUAGCAUAUUGCGGCGGUUAUUGGAGGAGUUGCUACCAGACGUGCCCAAACGUAGCUCCUCCUUGCGGGCUCAGAGAGGGUCCGGCUCCCCCUCCUCGCCCCAUGUCCACCAGCCUUACCAUGGAGCUCACCAAUGUGCCUCCUACCAGCAGCAACACCACCAUACAGACGCCUCCAACAACAACCAGCAUAAUGCUAAUGCUAAUGUGCACUGCUAUUCAGAUCAGGGCUCUGAUACAGGACGUCUCACACCACAAUGCAGAAGACCCACGCCAGAAAGAGAGAAACAGUCUGCCAGGGCUAUUUAUGACUUUAAAGCUCAGUCUGCCAAGGAACUUUCCUUUAAGAAAGGUGAUGCUGUCAACAUCAUCAGACAGAUUGACAGUAACUGGUAUGAGGGGGAACACAGAGGACGGAUUGGGAUUUUCCCCAUCUCUUAUGUCGAGAAGGUGGCGUCUCCAGAGCGGAGGCAGCCUGUCAGGCCUCCUCCUCCGGCUCAGGUUCGAGAGAUGGGAGAGGCCAUGGCAAGAUACAACUUCAAUGCUGACACUAAUGUGGAGCUUUCUCUUAGAAAGGGGGAGCGAGUGAUACUUCUAAGGAAGGUGGAUCAGAAUUGGUAUGAAGGAAAGAUUCCUGGCUCAAACAAGCAGGGCAUUUUCCCAGUGUCCUAUGUCGAUGUGAUCAAGGGCUCUCCUUCCAAGAGCCCCAGUCAUCAAGGGGACACUCACACAUACAGGGCACAUAAGCACUAUGCAGAGUCCUCCCAUUCGCAGAGUUUUGAUUCUGCCACUAAGACACACCUUCAAACAGUCACUAGCGAAUGGUUGUCUCUCACAUUGGGUGUCUGCACCAAUUACCCAUCUUCCUGUGGCAGUCCAAUCCCACCCACUCCUCCUCCAUUACCCAGAAAUCUACACUACACUGACCCCCAGUCCCCUGCUCCACUUGUGCGAAAGUUCACCCCCACACAAAACCGUUUUUCAAAAUGCUCCACUUUACCUAACCAAGGAACAAUCACUUCAGAGUCCUCAAAUAUUUCGCUUUAUUCCAAUGAACGUCUCUACAGAGAUAAACUGACAGCUAUAGAUGUUGAACCAGAAACAUUUGGUUUACCAGUCAAACAGAUCACAGACCGUAAUCAAGCUCUGUUAAGAAUGGAAAGAAAGGCAGGUGAUGGUAAAACGUUUUUAGGAGAUAUGGAGCAAAGCUUGAGCUAUGACCCCUCCAGGCUAAUAAAUGAACCUGAUCCAUAUGGCGAACUUAUGUCAAUGUUCCUGAAAAAUCAACUGUAUAAUGAACUUGAAGUACGAUUGGCCAAUCGAUCAAAAAACACUGCUCAUCGAGAAGCAUUACUUGAUAAGCCACUGUCCAGCAGUGCAAGCCACAAAUCAGAAAAUAUACUGGAUAAACCUCAUGAUAUCUAUGAGAAAAAUGCUGAGGAGCUGCUGUCAGUCAUUUUGAAUGAGAAAACAGAGAUUUGCAGUCCAGUAGGUGCUAUAAAAUGGGAGGAACUUCAUGAGUUGUAUAUAAGGGAAGAGGAUGAUGAAGCAAACAACAGAUCAGACGUGGAGACUAUUACGAAAAAAGAGGCUGACUCCUCCUCCAUCACUCCAUCUCUUCCAUUUUCCACCAUGCCUAAUUCCUCCCUUACUCUCUCUUCCUCUGUUUUUAUUCCACCACACACUGAAUCAUCUGCCUCUGCUUUUCACUAUUGUCCACCGUCUUCUUCCAAAGCCUCUCCAUGUUCUUCUAUUCCUUUUGGUUCGUCUCUUUCUUUGGUGCCCUUUUCCUCCUCCAUCUUCCAAACCUCAGUUGUUUCUUCUCCUUCAGACUCUCCUCUCCCUCCAUUAUCUCUCUCCACUCCUCCUCCGUCUCCCCCAAACUCCCCAAUCCCUCUUCCUCCUCCUCCUUCAUUGACUCUUAAUAUUCUCACUCCUUUUCCUUCUAAUUAUCAACCAUCUCCUUCUCCACCUCCUUCAUUUUCACAACCCCUUGCUCCUUCUGUCCUCCCUCGGCUUUCCUCUCCAACACCCGGUCCCAUCGCCUCAAAUAUCCCUUCUUCCCACUCUCCUUCUCCUCCCUCCUCUACUCAUAUCUCGCCAAUCCCUCCAUCUCCACCUUCAUCUCCUAUUCCUUCUUUGCACCCUCCUCUUUAUUCCUCCUGCCAGCCUCUUCUAGCAACUAUUCCGGCCUCUCCACCCUCCACUCCCUCUCCUCCUCCAUCUUCUUCAGACCUCAUCCCAUCUCCUCCCAGGUCUCCUCCACUCCUCACCUCUCCUCCUCCCGCCUCUGUGCCUGUAGUCUCCUCUCCUCCAUCCAUCUCUCCAUCCUCUCCAUCUAUUCCUCCUCUCUCCCCACGUUCACAGCCUCGUUCUCCUAAGAUUAAGACAGUUUAUAGGCAGGAAGUGGUGGUUGAGGGUAAGCCACCACGCAGCCCCAUUUCCACCAGGAGGCGCUGUUUAUCUCCCUGUUUAUCACCCAAUAGAGCAAGAAGGAAAAUUAUGCAGGAUUCUCAGCAUUCAGGUGGUGACCCCUUCCAAGUUGUGUACAACUAUGUGCCUCGUAAUGAGGAUGAGCUGGAACUGAAGGAGGGGGACAUUAUUGAUGUCAUCGAGAAAUGUGAUGAUGGCUGGUUUGUGGGUACCUCUCGGAGAACCAGGUUAUUUGGAACGUUCCCAGGAAACUAUGUUAAACCGCUUUAACAAAACGGAAACAAUGGCACAAAUACGGCCACUCCAGUGCCUACUGUGUAGGGCCAACAAGGCACCUCACCUUUGAGAAAGUGUGUGUGUGUGAGUGUGUGUGUGCGUGUGUCCAUACGUGUGAGUGUGUUCACAACCACAACCAUUUUAGCUCUGCCAUGUCCACACAGACAACCCACAGAAUUAUUAGUUUAUUAUACUUUGAGCACUUUGUUUUUGUGCCAUCACACAGUCUCUGCUAUUCAGACAACAGCACAUUCAUUACUGUUUUUCCUGUUAUUUUGACAUUUCGCUACUUUCCAGGAUGCGCUAGCUCAGAGUUAGUAUGGUGAGGAUCCAGGCAGCCAUGGCAUUGAGCGAGGUCAGUAGAUCAGUAUAAAUGGUAGACACAUGGAAAAAUGUGUCUGAGAUGAAACCUCAGGCGUCAGUGUUCAACUGAGUGUGUGUAUGUGUGUGCGCGUAUUGUGUAUCAAACAGUACAAAGUUAAUAGCAAUAGAGACCACUGGUUAUAGAUGAGGAUGAAAAGUUUUAUUAAAAUGAGUUAAAGGUGAUAUCACGUUCAAUUAUGAAAUUGUUCAUUCCCCUUGUGUGUGGCCAAAAUAAAUAAGUGAUAGGAGCAGAUGUGUUUUAAACAAUAAUCGUACAUGUUACCAUACUUUUGCCAUACAGAAUUGCAAAACAACAAGCAAUUUUGUCAUUGUUAAAGUGGCAAUCAUUCAUAUAGGAUAAUGUUUGUAUAAUAAUCAGUGCAUUGUGGGUAUUUGUAUAAACUGUCUUUAAAAGAAAGUGCAUUGACAUUCUGGAAAGUAAAGAUGCUUUUAUGGAAUUUGGUAACAAAUAUUUGAUUAGUGAACCUUUUUCUAAUGUUUACUUGAGAAUUUUAUGAACGGACUGAGUUUUAGAAUUGUAAACCAGGUCAGACUUUAAUACAAAAAAAAAAAAAAACCACAUGUAAAUCAAGAUUAGACCAUUGCUUGUUUUAGUAAUGAAUGGCAACAAUUUUACAACAAGGUGUGCUUCCUGUGCUUCAAUUUUUUUGUUAUCCUUCCUUGAUUUUGUUAUCCUAAAUGAACUAAUUUAUCUAAAAAAUUAUAAUUAAAAAAAGUUUGUUUGAUUUUUUUUUUUUUUUUUUUUUAAAGUUUGGUAAGACACUUAAACGAGAUUCACUCUUUUAAAAUUGCAUCAUAUAACGCAAUAGAGAGUUGUUGGUCUUUGAUGAAUGUUUGUAUGCUUGUCUGAUGUUCAAAAUGUUAUGUUUAGUUUUUCGAAGGAUUUGUAUAUCAGUAUUUUCUGCACUAAGUGUAUCACUUGUUGUGUUCUCAUCUGAAAGCAUAAAGCUUGUGUUGCAUCUGCUUUUACGAGUAUGUAUAUUCAGCAUAUGGAAAAGUGUGUCUAUGAAUUUCACAGACAGCAGAGCAAUCUAAAAGCACCUUAAACAUUUAUUAGUUCUGUUUUUUUUUUUUUAAAGUUGAAGUGUUGAGUCCUUCCGUAGCUUAAUAUGCAGGGAAAACUAAGUAAACCAUUCAUAGGUUGAAUAAUUUAUAGCUUUGUUCAUUCGAGCACAGUCAACGGUUUGAGUUUGGGGCGGGGCUUUCUGUUUGCCUGACCAAUGGCAGAUGGGAAGUGUUUUGGAAACCUGUUUGAAAACAGUUGCAGUUGCGUUUGAUGAUACAGAAAUUGCACACUUCGGCUUUAAUUGUUUUAAUCACACUGUUUGCAUUUUCCAGCUUCACGGCUGUGUUUGCUGAUUCUUUAUACGUCUUUUUGUAUUGUACUGUACAUGAGUUUCACUUACAUCAUAAAGCCCUUCCUUUCUCACUUUUGGUUUCUUUCAUCUGUUUUUAGUCCUUUGUAGGGGUGUAACGAUUCAUGGUAAUUUUCCAAAUCAUUAAAGCGGUCGUCCUUAUCACCUAGGAGUAAACAGAGCACGUGCGUGUCAUUAUUUAGUCGUUUGCAAUGCAUUUGUCAAAGUGAGCGAUGUCAUUUCCUCAUUAUCUUCAGCUGGGACGUUCCCAUGACAACGAAUGCAGUACGAUGUGCGUCAGCAGAUACAUAUUCAGAUACUUAUUCGUUUUUUUAAAUAUUAGCAUAUUUUCUAAACAUUUUAAAUUAUAAAAUGUAUUUCUGUUUGCAACAGUUACGCUAACAACAAUAAAAAGACAUGUUGCGUUCGUUGGAAUGAAAAGUGCAUUCAAAAUGAAUCAAUAAUGACACGCACAUGCUCUGUUCACUCAAGUCUCCACUAAUAAGGGUAUAGGGACGGUCACUAUGAUUUGGGAAAUGACCGUGAAUAGUUACACCUCUAGUUUAUAUUUCAUCACAUGCCAAAUUUAUUAUUUGACUUCUUUGGUGCAAAAAAGAAAGAAAAUGUAUGCAAAAAAUAGGCAAAGAGCAUUUUUAGGGUCGAAUAAAGGACUUUCUUCAGCACAUGAUGGGGACUGGUGCACACUCGAGACGAAAUGGAGUCGGGAGAUUUUUUUGUCACUGUUUGCAAACUGUCCUCUACUAAAGACAGAUAUUUUUGCCUUUUUCCAAAUAGCCUUUUGACAACAUAUAGUGUUAUUUGAUGUGUGUGCUUGAUGAGCUGGUGAGCUUGAGAGAAUUGAGUUUAACCUGCUCACUUUCAAAUAAAGCUUUCUGUCUUUCUCUCUCUCA